AUGAGGGGGAGACAAGACGAGAAUUGGGCUACUAGACAUGCGGAAUGGAUAGACAUAUGGAAGAACAGGUGUGAUCUGACAUUGAUUGGAUUACCACUUUUAGGGCCACUUUUCCACAGUAGUGAGUAUAUGUCGUGGUUUGUGGCAAACUCAUUUUUGUAUUUGUCCAUUCCACAAAUGUUACAUGACCCGAGGAUGCAUCGGGCAUCGACUUCAACACAUGCAGAACCUCCUCAACAUGAUGACAUUCAGCCCAAUUACAACACUCCAGAAGUAGAAGGAACUAUAGAUGAAAGAAGACAUUCAAUUUCUUCCUUCUCUGAUUUUGGAAUGCCAAGCAUUUUUGGAGCGUAUGCCCCAACUCCACCUUCGGCACAGGGUUUUGAAGGACCUUAUCAACAAUCCCCUUAUAAUAUCCAAUAUCAUAAUGAAACGGUGUCAUCCUCCGACACAUAUAAAGCUCAUGAAGAUGUAGAGCAUCAUGAAGCCCAACCUUUAGAGGAAGAAGCACUUAGACUGCCCCAGGGAAGGAGGAACCCAACUAGGAACAGAAGGCGACCUCGAUAUGACGAUGUCGAGGCAUUGUUUUUAAUGGCAACAGAACAAGCUACAGAAGUUCAUGUUGAGAUCAUGACAUUUAUUACAAAAAUCCACCAAAGUGCAACCCCGUCUGAAAAUCUUAUUCCUCCUCAAAUGGCACCAAAGAUGUUUGCAUGCAUCUAUGAUAAUGGUGACAUGAUUCCUAACCCAGAAAAUGGUGUUUUGUUUAAGUCUGACACCUGUAUCAUGGUUCAACUUCAUAGAG